AUGGCUUCCGCAGCUCUUCGGCGAAGAACCCGAGCUCCGAAACCCGUCUAUAAACCCCCUUCACCAUCACCAGAAUCCGAAUCCGAAUCCGAGUCAGAUUUAGACUUUGAGGAUGUGAGCUGUGAAGAGUGUGGAUCUGGGAAGAAUGCUCCAGAUUUAUUGCUCUGCGACGGUUGCGAUAAAGGGUACCAUUUGUUUUGUCUUAAACCCAUUCUUGUUGCUGUUCCUAAAGGUUCCUGGUUUUGCCCACUUUGCUCUGGUGGCAAGAAGCUCAAAAGAUUUCCUUUAGUGCAGACUAAAAUUGUAGAUUUCUUCAGAAUCCAAAAGCCACCUGCAGAAUUUGAAAAGCCUAUUGCAGAUUCUCGCAAAAGAAGGAAGCGAUCAAGUAGCUUUGUAGUAUCAAAAAAGAGCAGGAAACUGUUGCCCUUCAACCCAACUGAAGACCCUAAUCGGAGACUGGAGCAAAUGGCAUCUUUAGCUACCGCGUUGAUGGCAACUGGGACAGAGUUUAGCAAUGAGCUCACUUAUGUCCCUGGCAUGGCUCCUAGAUCAGCAAAUUGUGCUGCUUUUGAGGAUGGGGGAAUGCAGGUCAUGUCAAAAGAAGACACCGAAACCUUGCAUCUGUGCAAGAAAAUGAUGGAAAGAGGGGAUUGGCCUCCCCUUCUAGUUGUCUUUGAUUCUAAAGAAGGGUUCACAGUACAGGCAGACAAAUCCAUCAGAGACUUGACAAUCAUCACGGAAUAUGUUGGAGAUGUUGAUUACCUCUGGAACCGUGAAAAUGAUGAUGGAGAUAGCAUGAUGACAUUGCUUUCUGCUACUAAUCCUUCACAGAGCCUCGUUGUCUGCCCUGACAAGCGCAGUAACAUUGCACGCUUUAUCAAUGGCAUCAACAACUACACUCCGGAGGGGAAGAAGAAGCAGAACUUGAAGUGUGUAAGAUAUGAUGUCGGUGGUGAAUGCAGAGUUUUGCUAAUUGCAAAUAGGGAUAUACGUAAAGGGGAGAGGCUCUAUUAUGACUAUAAUGGACUUGAGAAUGAAUACCCAACUGAGCAUUUUGUAUAACAUCUCCCUUGUUUGUUACCAUCAUACCUAACAUAAAGAUUGAUUGAAUUACUUCUGACCUUGAGCGGUUGAGCCCCAUUUUUGGCUUCCCUGAUGUUCCGAGUACAGUCUGUAAGCUGUAUAUGUAGUCUUUAGGUGUCUUCUGCAUGUCAGUUCAUAAUGUAGAAUUGUAUUUCUUCUUGAGCAAAUUUGAAAAAUCAAAGUUAAUUGCUGAUGCAUACUACAGUAUUUUUUAUCU